GAGAGGGCACACUCGGCACGGCACGGCACGGCACUGUCAGAGCCACCCACAGUCCCCGGCAUGGUCCCGUCCCGCGUGGGGAACAGGCUGUCCCCGUGGGGGCCCCACUCCUGAGAGCCGCCCAGGUCUGCAGGUCUGGCUGGCACACCAUGGCCACUCCGGUGAGGAUGUUCCCGGUUUCCCUGAGGACACCGACGCCGGCUCCCUGGCCAGGGGGGAACACCACAGCAGCACCCGAGGCUAAGUGUGUCUUCAACGAGGAGUUCAAGUUCAUCCUGCUGCCCGUCUCCUACAGCAUCGUCUUCGUGGUGGGGCUUCCCCUCAACUCCUGGGCCCUGUGGAUGUUCAUCUCCAGGAUGAGGCCCUGGAAUGCCACCACCACCUACAUGGUCAACCUGGCCCUCUCGGACACGCUCUACGUCCUGUCCCUGCCCACCCUGGUCUAUUAUUAUGCCGACCGCAACAAUUGGCCCUUCGGGACGGGGCUGUGCAAGAUCGUGCGCUUCCUCUUCUACGCCAACCUCUACAGCAGCAUCCUCUUCCUCACCUGCAUCAGCGUGCACCGCUACAUGGGCAUCUGCCACCCCAUCCGCUCCCUCAAGUGGGUGAAGACCAAGCACGCCCGCAUCAUCUGCGUGGCCGCCUGGCUCAUGGUCAUCAUCUGCCUCAUCCCCAACCUCAUCUUUGUCACCACCAGCUCCAAGGGCAACACCACCCUGUGCCACGACACCACCAAGCCCGAGGAGUUCGACCACUACGUGCACUACAGCUCCUCCAUCAUGGCCCUGCUCUUCGGGGUGCCCUUCCUGGUCAUCGUGCUGUGCUACUGCCUGAUGGCCAAGCGGCUCUGCAAGCCCAGCUUCUCCAGCCCCGGCCUCCGCAUGCCCUCCUACAAGAGGCGCUCCAUCAAGAUGAUCAUCGUGGUGCUGGCCGUCUUCGCCAUCUGCUUCGUGCCCUUCCACAUCACCCGCACCCUCUACUACACCUCCCGCUACUUCCAGGCUGACUGCAGGACCCUCAACAUCAUCAACUUCAGCUACAAGAUCACGCGGCCGCUGGCCAGCAUCAACAGCUGCCUGGACCCCAUCCUGUACUUCAUGGUCGGGGACAAGUACCGGGGCCGGCUGCGCCGCGGGGCUGCCCAGCGCCUCCGGCCCGUGCCCACGCUGGACCUGGCCCUGGUGUCACCCUUUGCAGACAGCCUCACGGACGACAGCCACGUGGCCGGUGUCACCCGAGGGACAGGGACAGCACGCAGUGGGGGCGGGUGCUGAGGGGGUUUGCAGCCUCAGCUCUGGGCUGCAGGAGCUGCAGCCCCUCAGGGCACUCACAAGUGCCCAGCUCUGAGCUGUCCCUGCCCAGUCUUGCCCUGUGGGAGGAGGGUGCUGGUGCUGGACAGGGCGGGAGAGCCGCCCAGCACUCAUGGGAAUGGGAAGGACACUGAGGAGGCUCUUUUGGGGCAGCAGGCUGAUGUUCCAUCCCUGAACUCCCGGGGACACAUGGGGCUGACAAAUCACUACAGAGAAUUGACACUGGUGCCUCCCUGGGCAGGCACAGCUCUUGCAGGUGACUCAGAGGUGACAUGCAGGGACCAGACUGAACCUGGGGACAGAGCCCAGGCUGGGCGGGUUCUCAGAGAUGUCCCUGUCACACUGCUGGCCGUGGCAGAAGGGAGGGACAUGGCCUGGGGCGUUUGCUGCCCAUGACCCCCAAUAAAACCCCUUCCCCUCUCUA